AUGUCGACCACUGAGGAAGCCGCGGCUGUGGCUGAUAACCGAUCAGAAUUCACUCUUCAUAUUUUCCCCUUUUCUUUGUACUCCAUCAUGACUAGACUCACGUGUACAUUUGGGCACAGAGGUUCGGGGAAGCAGAAGUUGGACAUGCAACUCGCGCUGGUCAAUCUACACCGAAAUGAGAAUCUCUCUGCAGACUAUCUUUUGACAGUCAAUCCGAAGGGCCAAGCGAGGAACCCAUCGCUUUCUCAGCCUGAUUAG